UCCCCGGACGUUUGGGUUUGCCGACUUCGUGCGGCGUUUCGGUUGCAUGUCUCCCGUCUGUCCUCUGGGCUUGAAGCGCGUCCAAACGGUGGGAAAUGUCCGACUUCCAUAACCGGAGCCAAAUCAGCGCGCGACGCAGUGACUACGUGUGGCAGUACGAAUACUAUGACGACGAAGAGCCCGUGUCUUUUGAGGGACUCAGAGUGCACAGAUACUCCAUCGUCAUAGGCUUCUGGGUUGGACUGGCAGUGUUUGUCAUGUUCAUGUUCUUUGUCCUCACGCUGCUCACAAAGACUGGAGCUCCACACCCGGAAAACCCAGACUUGGCGGAGAAGCGUCAGCGACCGGGGAGCUGUCUGGUGGACAUCAAUGGCCACCAGGACGAAAACGACAAGGCUUUCUCUCGCCCGCUGCUCACGGGCUCUCGCUCCUACUUCAACUUCUACAUCAACGAGGAAGAUCAGGAUCAGGGGAGGCCGAAACGAGACACUGACCGGCGCUCUGCCAGAGACAAGACGAGCAGAGGGCUCUGCUCCUCUGGGUUGGAUGAAAUGGAGGAGGACCUGGAGGAAACCGGGGGACACCAACCUCUUGGUGGACUCGUGGAGAAGACAAAGACAGACAGAGAGUUCCUGUCUCACUUCAACAUCCCCAACUUUGUCAACUUGGAUCACAGUUCAAUCCUUGGAGAGGACGAUCUGCUUUACGAGCCGUCGGCUGUAUUAGAGCGUCAGGCUCAAGCUCACAAUAGUCACUGUGAAACCCGCUGAGGCUUCGGCUGUUUUAAAAAAAAGCAUAGCUGUAGUGGGGGUGUAAUAUAGUUUCCUUUUUCGUUCAGGAGCCAUUUAUGUAGAGAGGAAAAUAUGCACCUGCUGCCAAAAUGACUUUCCUAAAAAGAUUU